GUGCUACGCCCUAAUGGAUGAUUAUAUAUAUCGGAUAUUUGACCGGAAAAGUAAACCCUUAGACAGCACUUAAUGACUGCGAUGAGAUGGUGAAGAUUUUAUACAUCUCAAUAUAACAUUCAGGAUUCCUCCAAAACGAGACAAUUAAUCUGUGAUUCUUUUGAAAAAUUAUUCGAUUUUUUAAAAAUGUUAGUCAAUUCUUAGUUCUUCUUCAUCCCCCCACUGUGCGUUAUGUAAAAUGUAAAUUCCGAGCGCCGAUGAAUGAGUCAGUUAUAUAUAUGAAAUAUCAUAUUCUCUUCCUCGUAUCAUAAGUUGUUCAACAAGCACUCGAGUACGGCACUGGAUACCUUAUCGCCAUGGAAAAGUUUAUCAGUAUUCUAAAUGUCGGAAUGAUACUCGGAACUUUGAGUGUUGCAAACUCCAGUAAUAUUAACAAUGUAUUUUAUCGACUUGUUGAUAAAGAUAGGUAUCCUCCCGACGAAAUACUGACUGUUUUUGAAAAUGUGAGGAGUUCAACAGAAUGCGGAGUAUUUCAUCAACAGGCGCCAUCUUUUUUCUACAAUGCCGUUUCCAAGAAAUGCGUCUCCACCGGAAAAACAGGCUCCCUGCCGCUACUGACCGUGUCCGGAUUUGACCACUAUGAAGUAUCAUACACAGAUUCAAACAACCCGCAACCAACAAUUUUACCACCCAUAUCGUCAUCAGAAUCGACUGUACUUGUGACAUCUGAAAUACCAUUGCCCUCAGAAUCGACUGUACUCACGACAUCAGAAACAUCAUCGCCCUCAGAAUCGACUGUACUCACGACAUCAGAAACAUCAUCGCCCUCAGAAUCUACUGUACUUGUGACAUCAGAAACAUCAUCGCCCUCAGAAUCAACUGUUCUCAUGACAUCAGAAAUAUCAUCGCCCUCAGAAUCGACUGUACUCAUAACAUCUGAAACACCAUCGCCCUCAGAAUCGACUGUACUCAUAACAUCAGAAAUAUCAUCGCCCUCAGAAUCGACUGUACUCAUAACAUCGGAAGCAUCAUCGCCCUCUGAAUCGACUGUACUCAUAACAUCAGAAAUAUCAUCGCUCUCAGAAUCGACUGUACUCAUGACAUCAGAAAUACCAUCGCCCUCAGAAUCGACUGUACUCAUGACAUCAGAAAUAUCAUCGCCCUCAAAAUCGACUGUACCCAUGACAUCAGAAACAUCGACAAAAAUGCAAACUGAGGUAUCAACCUACUCAGAUAUAAAUACAACAACUGGAGAUGUAGUGAUAUCUGAUCCCACUACAACCACCGGAUCUGAUGCUGGAACAACGGUUACUGGCGCCAAAUUCGAGACCUGUAAUUAUUCUAAUCUGGGACAUUCUAAUAGUUGGUUCGAUGCACAGACUAAUUGUAAGUCCACUGGAGGAUUCCUUCUAGAACUACAAUCCACGCAGGAGGCUGACUUCGUUCUGACAAACAUUAUCAGUUCGCGCCCUGUGUGGUUAGGAGGUGUUCGAAACGGAAGUCAGUUCAUGUGGGUGAAUUCAGGUCCUUUGACCUACUUCGACUGGUCAGAAGGAUUUCCCAGUAACACCACGGGAGACGACUGUCUGGUAUGGACAUCAUGGGGCUGGAAUGACCAUCCAUGCGAUAAACAACACAAAGAAGUUAUCUGCGAGUUUAUCACAUGUCCUUCACCUUCUCCGUGAUGUCUUAAUGCUCUGCGCACAUGGACAUUGUGUAUAGUGUUUGCGACUAUUGAAGUGUCCUAGAAUUGAUUCUUGAAAUAUACACACAUUCACCACACAUAGCACUAGAUUCCAACAACAUUCAUCACCUUUAAAUGUGGAUAAAAUGUCGAAUACAGAAAUAUAUAUAUAUAUAUAUAUAUAUAUAUAUAUAUAUAUAUAUAUAAAGUUCUAAACUGAUCACCGACACGAACCGCGACUGACUAAUUAUGAAACGAAGAUUUUAAAAUACACGUACAGGGUAUUCAGUGAAACAGGAAUAUAUACUACAUGUAGGAGAUCUAGGAAAUAUGCUAAUGGUGAAUUUUUCUGUGCUUUAUUUUAAAAUACUUCUUCACUAAGGGCAGUUAUGUUCAUUAAAGAGUUCAUUGCAAUC